AUGCGAAUGGGGAUCAACAGACUUUUCCGUUUGUCGCGAGCACCGUCUUCUUCAGUUACCUUGCUGUUAGCCCAGCUGCUCACCCUCGCCCUUCUGUCGGCCAGCCUUCGUGAUUCUCAGUGUUACUGGUUUCCCGAUUUUGAUUACCCUGGGAUGCCUACCGUGGACUACCUGCGAAUCAAGACUCCCGGCCCUGGUGUGUACAAAGUGAAAUUCGGCAACGAACAGGCAUGGAUUCGUUCUCUCACUGUCUACUACAGAAUUCUAUUCGAGAAUGAAAAAGGAGGGAAGGCGGAUUUCAAGGAGCUGGCUUAA